ACAUAUGCGCUGCGUAAUGGGUGGAGGCCGAAUCAACGUUGGUGCUGGGGUCGCCAGCCAUGUGUUCAAUCUCUCUAUGUGCUUCCUUCUUCUUCCGGUUAUCUCACAGCCUGACUGCCCUGUGGUAGUGCCCGCUGCCUAGUUGCAGGUCACAAACAUAAAGAUUUAUCAGUGAUGUCACAAGAAGACCUUGCAUUGGCUCUUACUACUGACAAUGAAAAGAUGAAACGGUGGGGGAUAGUUGCCACUGGUUUUGUGGGAGGUACCUUGCUGGCACUGCAUGCUGUUGUUACUCCAUUUGUAGCCCCAGCGCUGAGAAAAGUCUGUCUGCCUUAUGUACCUGCAACAAAAACACAGGUUGAAAAUGUAUUGAAAAUGCUUCAGUCUAGAAAAGGACUUGUUGUUGACAUAGGGAGCGGUGAUGGACGUAUUGUAAUAGCUGCAGCAAAAAAAGGCUUCCGAGCUGUGGGUUAUGAAUUGAAUCCUUGGCUGGUCUGGUAUUCCCGAUACAGAGCAUGGAGACAUGGUGUGCAUCAUAGUACCAAAUUUCACAUAUCUGAUUUAUGGAAGGUCAGCUUUUCACAGUACACAAACAUUGUCAUUUUUGGUGUGCCACAGAUGAUGUCUCUGUUGGAACAGAAGCUUCAAAUAGAAUUAGAUGUCACUGCCAGAGUUGUUGCCUGUCGUUUUCCAUUUCCACAUUGGGUCCCGGAUCACAUAUAUGGAGAAGGAGUAGACACUGUGUGGGUAUACGACUGGGAGACAUUAAAGAAAUCAAAUAUUUCUGUAACAGAUGAACAUGAGAAAAUAUAAUUACAUUUUAUGUUAGAGACUAUAACAGUACAAUUUUCACUUUUCAGUAAAGUAUCAAACAGUGGAGAAUUUAA